CUAUAUUUAAAUCUCUUUAUUUUUUUUGUUGACAUUCCCUUUAAAUAAUUCCGAUUUCCACGUUUAUGAAUGGGUUAACUGGAUAUUCAGGGUUACUCACACAGAAUGAGACUGUAAAGACGACCGGAAAUAUGACGAUUCUAAGACUUAAUUUAGUUAAAAUAGUAUUUAAACGGCUUAAUUAAUGAUUUGUCAAAAAAAAGAAACAGGUUUACAUUUACAGAGAUUUCUAAAUUUCAAGGGAACAGACAGCGUACAUUCCGUACAGUCGUCUCUGAAGUCUCAUCUUUUGUGGGUAACCCUGUAUAGUUCCAACCUCCCAAUAUUCCAACCAGAUGUGAUGUUUAUUUUAUGAAGUAAAACAGCUGAGUCAGGAGUCUACUAUUCACUGCAGUCUAGGAUACAGAUACUAGACAGGGCAUGUAGUUAGAAUUCAUAUUCAGGGUUCACUCCGAGGAAUGAUAUAAGCUGGGAGGAUUGAUAAGGUUCAGCUCCGGGUGUAAGAUUCGACAGGAUGGGUAGAAAGGGAUCUCAAGGUGGGGGCGGAGGAGGUGGGAAGGAUUCAGUUCAGUUGCCCCCUGUGGAUCUGUACAGGAAGAGAAUUGGAAGACAGGAUUCAAGGAAGGAGAAGGUUCACCUCAAGGAGGUUAAACAGCUCCAGGAGGCCAAGGAAGGACGAGGUUUAGCCUUGAAGGAUUCGUUUCUGAUCCUUGUUGCAGUCGGAGCAGUGUUCUUGGCUGUAUACGCAGUUCUUUUCUUCUCAAUCAAUUAAUCCCUUAACAAUCACGUGAUCAAUUAAUGAUCACACGAUCAUUUGGAGAGCUCGUGGUCAAUUGUAGAUCAAUGGAUAUUAACGAUAAAGUGGUCGAUUAUCGAUCUCAUGAUCAAUUAACGAUUACAUGAUCAAUUAACGAUCACAUGAUCAAUUAAUGGUCACAUGAUCAAUAAACGAUCAUUUGCUCAAUUAAAGAUCAAGAAUGUAUUAACGAUCACGUGAAUUGACUAACUGCAGCUUUAUAAACAGAACUGUGAUAUUCGGCACAUCUAUUCUACACAUUUAUCUGUUAGGCUAACUUUUUCUGCUUUAAGAUUAGUUUCUUUUUAAUUAUUUAGAUCUUAGUUUUAAUAAUUUCAUAAUGUUACAAUCAAAGAUAACCAUGAAUAAAAUCAUAUGCAAAUUAUAUAGAUUGCUUCAGGCCCCAAUAUUCAGAUCUAAGUGUCAAUUUUAAUGUUUUUAUAAUGUGAUAACUACAAAUUACCAUAAAUUAACUCAAAAUAUAGUUUAGAAACUGUUUAAAUGAUUUUGAGCCCAACCGGACAAUAUAAGAAUACAAAAAGUUUUUUACUUUUUAAUUUACAGAACACAACUGCCUAGGGCAAUAAACACGAAGCUAACUACUACACAAGGAAGCAAUAAUAUGCCAUGUAUGAACUAAUUGCUCAUCUGAAUAAAUUUAUAUUAAAUUUUGUUUGAA